ACUAGAUUUUUGUCAAAACAGUUGUCAUUUAUUUAAAAAAUAGAAUUUAAUAAUCUAAUUAUUUACAAAUUACUUAAGCUAAAACUACAAUAAUAAUACUAACAAAAUUGCAUAAUAUAUAUUGUAAUUUAGUGAAAUAUUUAAAUAAUUAUGCUUGUAUUAGUAUUGGGAGAUCUGCACAUUCCACACCGGUGUAGCAGUUUACCGAGUAAAUUUAAGAAACUUUUAGUACCUGGUCGAAUACAACAUAUAUUGUGCACCGGUAAUCUUUGUACAAAAGAAUCUUAUGAUUAUUUAAAAACAUUAGCCAGUGAUGUUCAUGUUGUCAGAGGAGAUUUUGACGAGAAUCUCAAUUACCCAGAACAAAAAGUGGUGACAGUGGGGCAAUUUAGAAUUGGUCUGUCACAUGGACAUCAAGUGGUUCCUUGGGGAGAUCCAGAAUCAUUAGCCUUAAUUCAAAGGCAAUUAGAUGUAGAUAUUUUGAUAUCCGGCCAUACACAUAAGUUUGAAGCCUAUGAACAUGAGAAUAAAUUUUAUAUAAAUCCUGGCUCGGCAACCGGAGCAUACAAUCCUUUAGACACCAAUGUCAUUCCAUCAUUUGUAUUAAUGGAUAUACAAAGCUCGACUGUCGUUACGUAUGUUUAUCAGCUUGUAGGAGAUGAAGUAAAAGUUGAACGAAUUGAAUUUAGGAAAAGUUAAAAUUUGUACAGUGAUAUUUUAACACCAUUUGUUAUACUCUAUGACAUUUUAAAUAAUCUUUAAUAUUUCAUCGAAAAUAUGACUUAAUCAUAAUAACAUAAUAAUAAUAUAUAUAGUAUUCCUUGAAGAAGAAUUAUGUUAAAGUACAAUUUGUAUAAAUGAUAUAUUUAUAAUUAUUAAAUAAGUACUAUAAAUAA